AAGUAUGUCAAGUCGCUGCUCAACACUACUUUUAUUACCAUCGUCUUUGCUCUGCUGCUGCCGCCCUGUAGACCUGCUGUAAAUUUAUUACAAUUUAUAAGAAUAAAUAGCAAAUAAAAGCACAAUGACGAGCAUCAUGGACACAGUAGAAAUGCCAAAAUUGCCGGAAAAUCAAAAAACCUUCGCCGGCAUACCAGAAGCAAUAUUUCUAGAGGAAAUUGAUACGUUUAUGACACAACCAGAGAACGAGAACUGUGAAAAGGUGUUGCAACGUCUGGACGAGCAGCAUAGCAAGUACCGGUUUAUGGCCACCAAUUUGGAGGCGCGUCGUCGCAAGUUGAAAUCCCAGAUACCCGAUCUGGAGCGAUCCCUGGAGAUGGUGAAUGUGCUGCGCAAGGAAGAUGAGGAGCGUGAAACGCAAUUCCUGCUCAGCGAUCAGGUGUUCAUCAAGACGCUGGUGCCACCCACGAAAACGGUUUACCUUUGGCUGGGCGCCAGCGUAAUGCUGGAAUAUCCAUUGGAUGAGGCAGAGGCGCUGUUAAAGCAAAACGUUACAUCUGCUGUGGGCAAUCUGAAGUCAGUGGAGCAUGAUCAGGACUUUCUCAGAGACCAGAUAACCACAACUGAGGUAAACAUGGCGCGGGUCUACAAUUGGGGCGUCAAGAAGCGACAGGCUGCUGCCAAAACUAAUAUUGCCAGUAGUACGCCCUCCUAGGUAGCUUUUUCAUAGUUUAAAACUAAGCAAGAACAACAGUACGUUGGUACACACAAAGAAAAUCGGGUGUUGUCCAUUAUACAUUAUUUAUUUGAAGAGUAAACAUAAUACUUGUUUUUGAAUUCUGAUGCCCGAUAAAUUUACACAUACUUAAAAACAAUAACACACAGUUCGCAGUGCUUUCAAAAUUAAAAUUAACAUAAAAAAAGACGAAAAGACGCCAAUUGCAUUUUUUUACUUGUUUUAUUCUUGUUCUCGAUAAUAAUAAAUAUGAAAUACAUACAAUGCA